AAGGGCCGCGGCGCGACUGCCGGGGAAGCCGAGCGGAGCCUGCGACCCACAAAGCCGCCGCCGCCGCCGCCGCCGCGAUGGGGCUGUGAGGCGUCCGCCCGCGCUCCGUCCUCCGCCGGCCCGCGACUAUGCCCGGCCGCGCCCGCCCUCCGCGCCCUCCCGCCUCAGGACCAUGAGGCCGCGCUCGGGCGGGCGCCCAGGGGCCCCGGGCCGCCGUCGCCGCCGCCUCCGCCUCCGCCGCCGCCCCCGCGGCCCCCGCGGUCGCCGCUUGCCGCCGCCGCCACCGCUGCCUCUCCUGCUCGGGUUGCUGCUGGCGGCCGCGGGGCCCGGAGCGGCUCGGGCCAAGGAGACGGCGUUCGUGGAGGUGGUCCUGUUCGAGUCGAGCCCGAGCGGCGACUACACCACCUACACCACCGGCCUCACGGGCCGCUUCUCGAGGGCCGGGGCCACGCUCAGCGCCGAGGGCGAGAUCGUGCAGAUGCACCCACUGGGCCUGUGUAAUAACAAUGACGAAGAGGACUUGUAUGAAUAUGGCUGGGUAGGAGUGGUGAAGUUGGAACAGCCAGAACUGGACCCAAAACCAUGCCUCACUGUGCUGGGCAAGGCCAAGCGUGCUGUGCAACGAGGAGCCACCGCAGUCAUUUUUGAUGUGUCCGAAAACCCAGAAGCGAUCGACCAGCUAAACCAGGGCCUGGAGGACCCACUGAAGAGGCCGGUGGUGUAUGUGAAGGGUGCAGAUGCCAUCAAACUGAUGAAUAUCGUCAACAAGCAGAAAGUGGCCCGAGCCAGGAUCCAGCACCGCCCGCCUCGACAACCCACCGAGUACUUCGACAUGGGCAUCUUCCUGGCUUUCUUCGUCGUGGUCUCCUUAGUCUGCCUCAUCCUCCUGGUCAAAAUCAAGCUGAAACAGCGGCGCAGCCAGAACUCCAUGAACAGACUGGCCGUGCAGGCUCUGGAGAAGAUGGAAACCAGAAAGUUCAACUCCAAGAGCAAGGGCCGCCGAGAGGGGAGCUGUGGGGCCCUGGACACACUCAGCAGCAGCUCCACAUCUGACUGUGCCAUCUGCCUGGAGAGGUACAUCGACGGAGAGGAGCUACGGGUUAUCCCCUGCACUCACCGCUUUCACAGGAAGUGUGUGGACCCCUGGCUGCUGCAGCACCACACCUGCCCACACUGUCGGCACAACAUCAUAGAACAAAAGGGAAACCCGAGCGCCGUGUGUGUGGAGCCAAGCAACCUCCCUCGGGGUCGGCAGCAGAGGGUGACCUUGCCCGUGCAUUACCCAGGCCGUGUGCACAGGACCAAUGCCAUCCCAGCCUACCCCACCAGGACGAGCAUGGACUCCCACGGGAAUCCCGUGACGCUGCUGACCGUGGACCGACACGGGGAACAGAGCCUCUACUCUCCACAGACCCCCGCCUAUAUCCGUGGCUACCCACCCUUCCACCUGGACCACAGCCUGGCCACACACCGCUGUGGCCUGGAGCACCGGGCCUACUCACCAGCCCACCCCUUCCGCAGGCCCAAGUUCAGCGGCCGCAGCUUCUCUAAGGCAGCUUGCUUCUCCCAGUAUGAGACCAUGUACCAACACUACUACUUCCAGGGCCUCAGCUACCCGGAGCAGGAGGGUCAGCCCCCCGCCAGCCUGCAUCCCCGGGGCCCGGCCCAUGCCUUCGCACCCAGUGGCGGUGGUGGCAGUGGCAGUGGCGGCCUGCUCUUCCCCACCAUGGUGCACAUGGCCCCGCCCUCCCACCUGGAGAGCGGCAGCACAUCCAGCUUCAGCUGCUACCACGGCCACCGCUCAGUGUGCAGUGGUUACCUGGCCGACUGCCCGGGCAGUGACAGCAGCAGCAGCAGCUCUGGCCAGUGCCACUGCUCCUCCAGCGACUCGGUGGUAGACUGCACCGAAGUCAGCAACCAGGGUGUGUACGGGAGCUGCUCCACCUUCCGCAGCUCCCUCAGCAGUGACUACGACCCCUUCAUCUACCGCAGCCGGAGCCCAUGUCGCGCCAGCGACGCCAGUGGGUCAGGCAGCUCGGGCCGGGGGCCUGCUGUGCACCUCGAGGGCUCCCCGCCACCACCCGCACCACCACCUCCACCCCUGCCACCACCUGAGGAGUUCCAGGCCGUACAUCAUGGUGCUGGGCGGGGUGAGGCCUGGCCGGGUCCCACCUCGCCCUCGGGGGACCAGCUGUCUACCUACAGCCUGGACAUGAACUACAGCAGCAGCUCCUCACUGGAGCACAGGGGGCCCAACAGCUCUACCUCAGAAGUGGGGCUCGAGGCUUCUCCUGGGGCCGCCCUGGACCUCAGGAGGACCUGGAAGGGGGGAAGUGAGGGGCCACUGUGCACCUGUUGCUGUGAGCCCCAACCCUCAGCUUCCGGGUCCCCCCUUCAUGAGGCCUGUGGCCUCGCUGGUGGGGAGCCACAGCCAGGGCAACCGGGGAGCUCCAUGUAUGGCCUUCCCCCAGCCCAUCGGCCCAGGACAGAUGGGGUAAAAUAUGAGGGCCUUCCCUGCUGCUUCUAUGAAGAAAAGCAGGUGGCCCCAGGCGGCUGCCACACCGAGGACUACUCCGUGAGUGUGCAGUACACACUCGUUGAGGAACCCCUGCCCAGCUGCUACCCGGGGGCCCGGGAUCUCAGCCAACGCAUCCCCAUCAUCCCAGAGGACGUGGACCCAGACCUGGGCCUGCCCUCAGACUGCCAGGGCCCCCAGAGCCUUAGCCCCUGGGGUGGGCCGCCCGCCCUGGACACACCUUGGUCCCAUGGGGCUCAGGGAACAGCCCAGGAAGAAGAGUGGCCCCCAUGCCAUCAGGCCGGGGAGCCACUACCACCUGGCUGCCCUUCAGACGAUGCGGGUGCCUCCACAGCCAGCUUCCCCUGCACCUCCCAGGACACUCAGGAGUCUAGCGCCAUGGCCCCCGAGGCUGCAGGACCAGGACCUCGCCCGGCAGACCCCAGCGGCCCAGGAGCCUGAGCAGAGAAGGAACACUUCUCUCAAAAUGGGAAACUGUAUGGAGACUCCACACUCUGACUUCCUUCAAAAACAAACAAAAUUUAUUUUUUAGCUUUGACAAACACACAAAAGUGGUAAUAAAGAGAGCCCUCCUUCUCAACCCAAAAUGUGAGCCACCUGUGGCAAGAUGCCACCCUCACCUGAUCCCACCCCUCGUUUAUCACAGCCCUCCCCAAUCCCUUCCUAUGCCCCUGUUGGUAACAUGUCACCCUUCUGUUUUGUAAAGUGUGUGUGCUUGGGGUUCCGCGGUAUGUGGGAUUGAGUUCUCUGCUCUUUUUUUUUUUUUAAAGAUAUUAUAUGUAAAUGUAAAAAGUUAUUUAAAUAUAUAUUUUAAAGAACCCUAAUCGCCAACUUUUGCUGAAAGAGAAAAAAAAAAUCACUGGUGCAUUUGAAUGACCCACGUCAUGUGUAGAUACUGUUGUCUCCCGCAGGGAGCUCAGGCCUUUGAAAAGCUCAGGGCGACACCUGCCUUAGAAAACCAACCAGAAACUUGAAGCCAAGCCAGUUGUUGAUAUGGGUACAAAUGCCAAGGAGCCAUGCCACACUGCCUCUCCCGGGCAUGUCUCUGGCAAGUUCCAGUGUCUAAACUGCAGGGACU